AUUUAUCAUGAUAUCUAGGAUUUUCUGUAACAAACAGAUGCAUCUGUGGUCAAAAGUCAGCAGAGCAUUUGGGACAGCAAGAAUCAACUGCAUCAACCAGAAAGAACACGGAGAUGUAUCUACUUUAUUCCAUGACCAGAUUGAUUUCCCAGGAAAAAGAGAUAAAGAGGUUUACAUUAAGAUCGAAGCUACAGCUGUUAAUAGAGCAGAGAUUUUACAACGGAGAGGUCUCUACCCACCAAUCAAAGGUGCUACAAAAAUUAUCGGGCUUGAAGGAGCAGGCUAUUUAUGUAAUAGUCAAGAGGAAUACCUGAGUGGUGGUUAUAAGAACAACUCUAGGAUCAUGGCUCUACUCGAGGGAGGAGGAUACUCAGAUAUUGCAUCAGUACAUAAAGAUCAUAUCAUUCCUAUCCCAGAGAACUUGAGCUUUACUGAAGCAGCUGCGAUUCCUGAAACUUGGCUAACUUCAUACCAGCUCUUAAACCUUGUUGCAAAUGCUAGGAAGGGAGAUUAUGCUUUGAUACAUGCAGCUGCUUCAGGAAUUGGAUGAGCAGCUAUACAAAUUUGAAAAAUGCAAGGAGUUAAGCCAAUAGCAGUUGCAUCAAGUCAAGCAAAACUGGAUCAUUCUAUCGAACUCGGUGCUGUUGCAGGGAUCAAUUAUAAAGAAACCCCUGAUUUUUCAGAAUCAGUGAAAGAAUACACAAAUGGCAAAGGAACAAAUAUUAUUCUCGACUGUAUUGGAGCUCAGAAUUUUGACUAUAAUGUUAAAUCUGCAGCAAUGGAUUGACAAUGGGUUCUUUAUGGUGCAAUGGGAGGAGUUAGAAUUCAAAACGUUAAUCUAGGCCCUCUUCUUGCUAAGAGAAUUCAAUUCCUAAGCUCUACUCUCAAAAGUAGAACAAAUGAGUACAAAGCAAAGCUUGUACAGAAAUUCUCUGAAGAUUGUAUUCCAGGAUUCGAGUCUGGUGAACUCAAACCAAUAGUGGACUCGGUGACAACACUCAGUAAAGUUGCUGAUGCUCAUACAAGAAUGGAAGCAAACCUUAACAUUGGUAAAAUAGUUAUGGUUAACGAUCUCUAAUAUC